AUGCCCACCCCCGAAGCACGAGCCGCCCGGGCGGCGGAGGAGCGAUCCCGAUGCUGGACUACGAACGUCAAGGAAGAGUCGGACCACGCGGAUGAGACGGAACACCAGCCUACCGGCGGUAGCUUCUUGUCCGGGAUCACUGUCACCACCGAGAUCCUUAUCAGCCCUCACGAGGACGACUCCGAAGCGACAACAAAUGCUGAAGGAACAACAGAAGGAGACGAGAAGAAGACGGAUGGGAGCCAAAAAUGA